CAGCUCACACCCUGCAGUCAACAAGGAUCCGCCCAGUGCAUCCUUAACUGGACUAUAUAAUAGGAUGUUAUAACAGAUGACAAUGAGAAACAGCUCUUUAGGUACUGAGAGAGAAAUCGUACGCUUGAAAAAGCAGAAUGGGAAAACAAGCCCAAACCACAAACAUUUUAAAAGACAAUCCCAAUGCACAGACUGAGCUGAAAGUGGAAAGGACAGUCAGUCGGCCAGUUCGAUGUCCAUUUGCUGUUCAUUUGCGAAACUACAAAGAUGGCUCGACCCACCAAGAUAAGCUGCAUCACACAGCUGUUAAGAAUAUGGCUUGCGAUUCAAAAACAUGUGAAGGCUCCAUCAUGAAUCCUAAAACUCUGAUACGUGGUUUGACCAAAAUCACAUCUUCCUCAGAUGACAUCCUCACCCAGGCAGUGGACUUCAUCGACCAGUACUACAAAUCAUUUAAAACGCCGAAUCCAACGGAGCACCAGGCUCGGAUCGACAGGGUUACGCUGGAGAUCACCCUGACCGGCUCCUACUCACUCACUACCGAUGAACUCACUUUUGGGGCAAAACAGGCUUGGAGAAACGCGCCGAGGUGCAUUGGCAGAAUCCAAUGGGCCAAUUUACAGCUUUUCGAUGCACGUCAAUGCGAGACCGCCGAGGACAUGUUUCACGCCUUGUGUACUCAUAUUAAAUAUGCUACCAAUGGAGGAAACUUGAGGUCCACCAUCACUGUGUUUCCUCAGAGAACAGACGGAGAGCAUGAUUUCCGUGUGUGGAAUGGUCAGCUCAUAAAGUACGCUGGCUAUGAGAUGGAAGAUGGAAGUGUUAUCGGGGACCCAGGGAGUGUGGAGUUUACACAGAUAUGUAUUCAGCUGGGGUGGAAACCAAAGUACGGUCGCUUUGAUGUGCUUCCCCUGGUCCUGCAGGCGAAUGGAGAGGACCCUGAAAUGUUUGAUAUUCCCCCAGAAUUGAUCCUGGAGGUCCCAAUAGAGCACCCAGAGUAUGAAUGGUUCAAAGAUCUAAACCUCAAGUGGUAUGCGGUUCCUGCAGUGGCCAACAUGCUCAUGGAAAUCGGUGGCCUGGAAUUCACAGCAUGUCCUUUCAAUGGCUGGUACAUGGGCACAGAGAUUGGAGUGAGGGACUUCUGUGACAGCCAGCGCUACAACAUUUUGGAGAACGUUGGCCAGUUAAUGGGCUUAGAGACACGAAAGCUGUCUUCACUCUGGAAAGACCAGGCACUUGUGGCUAUCAAUGUUGCAGUGAUUCAUAGCUACCAGAAAAAUAAGGUGACCAUCACGGACCACCAUUCAGCAAGCGAGUCCUUCAUGCAGCACUUGGAGACAGAAGUCCGUCUGCGUGGAGGGUGUCCAGCUGAUUGGGUGUGGUUGGUCCCGCCCAUGUCUGGCUCCCUCACCUCCGUGUUCCAUCAGGAGAUGCUCAACUACAUCCUUUCUCCCUUCUUCUAUUACCAGGCUGAUGCUUGGCUGACACACAAGUGGAAAGAUGAGAAGAAAGGACUUCGGAGAUGUAAGGUCAGCUUCAAAGCACUCAUAAGGGCAUUGGUUUUUUCUCAAACGCUCAUCAAAGCAGUCCUGGCCAAGAGGGUGCGCUGCACUGUUCUCUACGCCACAGAAACAGGGAAGUCACUGACCUUUGCCAAAAAACUGAACACUAUGCUCAACCGUGCCUUUGAAUCAAGGCUGGUAUGCAUGGAGGACUAUGAUUUUAGUGAGCUUGAGACAGAGAGCCUUCUGAUGGUGGUCACCAGUACUUUUGGCAAUGGAGAAAGCCCAGGAAAUGGAGUGAGCUUCAAGAAGCAGCUUUUCAACUUGCAAACCCUGAAAAACACUGUCAGGUACAGUGUGUUUGGUCUCGGCUCACGCGUGUACCCACAAUUCUGUGCCUUUGCCCAUGCUGUGGAUGACAAGCUCGCUGAGCUGGGAGCCAAGCGUCUGACUGUCACAGGAGAGGGAGAUGAACUCAAUGGGCAGGACGAGGCUUUCUCCGCCUGGGCUUGCAAUGCUUUUAAGGAUGCAUGUGAGGAGUUCAACAUUAAAAAACAGCUGAAAGCUGUGGAUCAGCUGUCAGAUGACUGGGACGCACAGAAGUACAGAGUGCAGCAUGACACUUUCACUCUGGACCGAGUUACAGCAUUGUCUGCUCUUCACUCUAAAACUGUGUUUCCUGUGACGCUGAAAAGAAGGCAGAAACUACAGAGCACUCAGUCAAGUCGUUCUACUAUCCUGGUUGAGAUGAAGACAGAUGGAAACACAGAGGCCUUGAAUUUUGCCGCUGGAGAUCAUGUGGGGAUCUUCCCAGAGAAUUCUCUAGAGCUGGUGGACGGUAUCUUGAAGCAUCUUCCAGAUGCUCCUCCUGUUAACCAGAGCCUUCAUUUGGAGUCCCUUUCGGACUCUAGCCAUGGAGAAAAGAGAUGGCAGACAGAUGAACGUAUCCCUGCAUGCACGCUGGUUCAGGCUCUUACAUACUUCCUUGAUGUCACAACUCCACCUUCACAAAGCCUGCUGCGCAAACUCUCUACAGUUGCGAGUCAAGAAGAGGAUCGCAAACGACUCGAAGCGCUCGCAUUGGAUUUCCAGGAAUAUUCUACAUGGAAAGACUUCUACAGGCCCACCUUCUUGGAGGUGCUCAAAGAAUUCAAAUCUCUAAAGGUCCCUGCCACUUUCCUUCUCAGCCAGCUUCCUCUCCUGAAGCCCCGUUUGUACUCGGUCAGUUCCUCACUGGACCGUCAUCCAAACGAACUACAUAUCACUGUAUCUGUGGUGGAGUACCACACCCAGGGUGGAAAAGGCCCAAUGCAUUUUGGUACCUGCAGCACAUGGCUUAACACCAUCAAAAGAGGACACACGGUUCCCUGCUUUGUUCACCGGUCGGGUGGAUUCCAUCUCCCAGAAGACCCCAGCACUCCAGUUAUUCUGAUAGGAGCUGGCAGUGGAAUCGCUCCUUUCCGCAGCUUCUGGCAACAACGUAUCCAUGACAUGAAAAAGACAGGUCUGCAAAUCAGUCCUAUGACACUGCUGUUUGGGUGUCGCGAUUCAGAAACAGACCAUCUGUAUAAAGUUGAACAACUGAAGUUGAGACUCGAUGGUGUUCUGGGCAACGUCCAUACCGCUUACUCUCGCCAGCCUGGUAGACCAAAGAUGUAUGUGCAGGAUGUCUUGAGGGAGAAGCUGUCUGAUAAAGCCAUAGAGGAUCUACACAAGAAUGCAGGGCAUCUGUAUGUCUGUGGUGGCAUGAAUAUGGCCCGAGAUGUUGCUUGCACUUUGCAAGAUAUCCUGGCAGGUAAAACAGGCAUGACCAUCACAGAAGCUGGAGAAUAUCUGGAGAGGUUGAAGGUUGAGAAGAGAUACCAUGAAGACAUUUUUGGAGCAUAAUGGCAGAGAUCUCCUGUAUCAUAUAUAAAAAAAAUCAGUUUUACCACACGCUACAUUAAUUGUGUGAUUCAAAUGUGUUUUCACCAUUUAUAUUCUUGAACAGUUUUAAAGGGAAGUAUAUAUACACUCAUUAGUACGGACAAAUAAGAUAUUGUAUGGAGGGUAAAGCUCUGUGAUUUAAAAUACUCUAUUUUAAGAGAAAACUGUAUGCUUUAGUUUACGGAGCACAUUUCUUUUGUAUAUACUUCAUUUCCGAAAGAUGCUUCUGACAUUUUAGUGAAUAAUAUUGUCUUCUAUGUACUGUAUGACUUUGAAACGUGUAUAAUUGUAUAAAUAAAUAAUUCAAUAAAUGACUGAA